AUGAACUGGUUUAAUAAGAACGAACAGCCCGAGGAGGAGGUCACACUCUCAAAGAGAGCAGAAAUGUUCCAAAAAGAGGUGGAUACAAUGCUCUCAGACGUGACGAGAAUGACCCUACCCUUACAGAAGAGAUCGUUCGCGUGUUGCACAAACUGUUUCGACCUAAACCCGGACAACCUGGACGAUAUAACAAACUGUAUAAAAACCUGCCAAGAAAAGCCACAGGAGUUUGGAAACACAGUGCAAACUGAGCUGAAUAAGCUUCAGGACGUACUACUCAAGUGUCAACAGGAUUGCCUUAACAAGUAUUCGUCAAAACCUGAAAAUAAUGCCGAAAUUGAACGAUGUGCUGUAAAAUGUUAUGAUACAAACAAAAAUAUGGUCAAAACGAUCAAAUCAAAAUUAGAGCAAUUAAUACAGGGAAAAGCUAAAAAAACACGGAAAUUUGCACAGGUUAAAAGGAGACUGAGUCUCAAAGAUACUAAGCUAUCCAUUAAAAAAGACGUUGAACACAAGGAAGUUGAUAACAAAUUAACAGAAUCGAAACCAGUGCACUCUGGAAUGUUCUUUAACUACAAUGAGAACCUUGUGCCGCCAUAUCAAGUCAUAGUGGAUACGAACUUCGUGAAUUCGUCAAUUCAGAACAAGUUGGACCUGCACAAGUCGAUGAUGGACCUGCUCCUUUCCAAGUGUAACAGCACACAGACAUUGACACUUUGUUCAGGCAUCAUACACGUCACAGAUUGCAUCAUUGGAGAGUUGGAGAAGCUUGGUCACAGGUACAGAAUGGCCCUGCAACUGGCUCGCGACCCGAGGAUAGUACGUCUUAAGUGCACACACAAGGGCACGUACGUGGACGAUUGCAUAGUGGAGCGAGUUCAAAUGCAUAAGUGCUACAUAGUAGCGACCAACGAUAGGGACCUGAAGAGGAGGAUACGGAAAAUACCAGGCGUGCCAAUAAUGUACGUAAAACGGCACCAGUAUCAAAUCGAAAGAAUACCGUUCUCAAUCACUUCAAAGUAG